AUGAUUAAAGUCUAUGAGUCAGUGACUGCAUCCGUGACUAACACUUUGGCAUUGACGAAAUAUUUAUUUUUGAUAGUUUAUUCGAAGGAAAUUUUCAAUUUUAUUAAUGAAGUUCAAGACAUAAAUAAGAAUUGCACAUCAAAAGAUCAUGUGGAAGUCAUUAACAAAGCAAACAGACUUGAUCGAAUUGUAUUUAAAUGCAUGUUUGUGUCAUGUCUGAUUGGAACAACUGGAUACGUUUUAGGACCUGUCAUAAAAAUGAUCAUCACUGUCGUAGUCUUUAAAGGUCCUUGGAACUAUGAAAUGAUUGUGAAUUUUUAUAAGCCAUCAAAUUUUGGUUCUUAUUUACUUAAUUAUUUGAUUCAGAUCCUGGACUGCAUUUUAGGUGGAUUUGUGAAUGUUGCCGUCGAUACAAUUUUCUUUGGAUUAUCCAUAAACAUCUGUGCACACUUAAAAAUUCUCAGCCUUAUUACAGACGAUUGUAAGCUUCUUAUUUUUGUAAACUAUCAUCAAAGUGUCCUUGAAAUGGCAUCAAAGCUUAAAAAGCUGUAUAAAGUAAUUAUUUUUCUUCAAUACAUGCUGCUUUCAAUCUUGUUAUGCGUUCUUGCAUUUCCAAUUGUUUACAAUGAUGACAUCCUGAAGACAAUUCCACACAUUUUUCAUGCAGUCGCUGGAAUUGUUGAAAUGCUGAUUUAUUCUUAUUGUGGACAGACAAUUAUGGAUCGUGCUGCUGACAUCUGUAAGAAUUGUUAUGAGUCAGACAUGAUGAUGGUGAUGUUGAGGACGAAAUAUGAAGUUAGGAUUGAGUCAAUGUUCUAUCAUGCAUCACUGCCAACUUUUACUUUAAUGGUUAGCCGGACAAUGUCAUUGAUGACUUUAAUGAAGUCUUUUUUGUAG